AUGAGUGGGGACUGCCGGUACUGUGACGAAGCACAGUGGUUCAACGAGAAGAUGCGGUACACGGUCUUCAAGAACGGUCUGCGGAGCGAGCGAUCGAUUGAAGCUGCCUGCGAGUGGGUCGUGGCGAAGGGACUGCACCGUCCUGUGUGCGAAGAUUACGAUGUCGAUUGCCAAACUCGCGGGCAUGUCUACAGCACGAGCGGGUACGGCAGAAGCAGGGUCGUCGAUGGUAACUCGGGAGAAAUUGGUGUGGCGACAGGAGUACACGGUCUGGUGGGAAAGAUGAACUCAAACAAGGCGAAGGUGCAGAGUCCGGAUACGGUCAUCAGCUUGAUGCUAGUCAUGGAGAGGCUUACUGGUGCGGUCGUGGGCGUUGGCUACGGUGGACUGGAUUGGUGCGCACGAGAACAAGCUGGCCACGGUUUGGCUGGGAAAGACAUUGAGCGUGAAGGUCGACGAGCCUGCGUACCUGUCGGUGAGGACGAAGCGGAUAUCGAGUUUGAAGAACAAGGCGUGGCUGAGGUGCCGGUGGAAGCAAGCUGCAACGAGGCUGUGGACGAGGUCAGGGCGGAUCACACGGAUGCUACGUACGACUCGGAGAUGUCGUUGCCCAAGGUCAAGAACGGAACGGUCGCUGAGUGCUUGGUCGGGACCAAGGUCCUGCGGGCCGAAGUGAGGACGGUUGUUGUGCCUGUGGCGCACUCGGCUGAGUCAAGAACAGUGAGCUGCCAAGAGGUCGAAGUGGGUGCGGUCGUCGAAGAGCAAGUGAGAACGAUAACCAUGCCAGGGGGGCAAGAACAGUUUGGUGCUGUGGUGGAAACGUUUCCUGGUCAAGAUGCCGCGGCCUGCUCAGCCGCCAUGGAAGCUGUGGCACAUGCGGCGAACGCGCGCCUACGCGGGGAUCAGGACGGAGGUCAUGGGGCCGGCGUGGCUCGAGGCGAGCGUGUGAGGCGAGCCAAGGACGAGGGGUCGGUGGACGUACCGGCCGAGCUCGGCGAGAAGAGCAACGGCGAGAAGAGCAAGGGCGAGAAGAGCACGGAGUGA